UCUGAGGUGAGAUGGCGGCCACUGAGGGGGUCGGGGAGGCAGCGCAGGGCAGCGAGCCUGGUCAGCCGGAGCAGCCACCACCCCAGCCGCACCCACCGCCCCCACAGCAACAGCAGCUGCAGGUGGAAGAAGAGAUGGCGGUCGAGGCCGGAGAAGCUGUGGCGUCCCCUAUGGACGAAGGGUUUCUGAGCCUGGAUUCGCCCACCUAUGUCCUGUACAGGGACAGAGCAGAAUGGGCUGAUAUAGAUCCAGUACCACAGAAUGAUGGCCCCAAUCCAGUGGUCCAGAUCAUUUAUAGUGAAAAAUUUAGAGAUGUUUAUGAUUAUUUCCGUGCUGUUCUGCAGCGUGAUGAGAGAAGUGAGCGAGCUUUUAAGUUAACCCGGGAUGCCAUUGAGUUAAAUGCAGCCAAUUAUACAGUGUGGCAUUUUCGGAGAGUUCUCUUAAAGUCACUUCAAAAGGAUCUACAUGAGGAAAUGAACUACAUCACUGCAAUAAUUGAGGAACAGCCCAAAAACUAUCAAGUUUGGCACCAUAGGCGAGUCUUAGUGGAAUGGCUGAAAGAUCCAUCUCAGGAGCUUGAGUUCAUUGCUGAUAUUCUUAACCAGGAUGCAAAGAAUUACCAUGCCUGGCAGCAUCGACAAUGGGUUAUCCAGGAAUUUAAACUUUGGGAUAAUGAGCUGCAAUAUGUAGACCAACUUCUCAUAGAAGAUGUGAGAAAUAACUCUGUCUGGAACCAAAGAUACUUUGUAAUUUCUAACACCACUGGCUACAAUGAUUCUGCCAUAUUGGAGAAAGAAGUCCAGUACACUCUGGAAAUGAUCAAACUGGUACCACAUAAUGAAAGUGCAUGGAACUAUUUGAAAGGGAUUUUGCAGGAUCGUGGCCUUUCCAAAUAUCCUAAUCUGUUAAAUCAAUUACUUGAUUUACAACCAAGUCACAGUUCUCCCUACCUAAUUGCCUUUCUUGUGGAUAUCUAUGAAGACAUGCUAGAAAACCAAUGUGACAAUAAGGAGGACAUUCUUAAUAAAGCAUUAGAGUUAUGUGAAAUCCUAGCGAAAGAAAAGGACACUAUAAGAAAGGAAUAUUGGCGAUACAUUGGAAGAUCCCUUCAAAGCAAACACAGCACAGAAAGUGACCCACCAUCAAAGGCACAGCAAUAACACCAUUCAGAAGAACUUGAUUCAAUACUUUUAUUUUUUUAAGGGACUCUAAUGCAGGAGUUUAAAACUAGAGCAACCACCCCUUUGCCUGUGCUGGCGUUAAACAUGCAUUGUAAAGGUAUUGCUUUUUAACAAUAACUAAGUGCAAUGCUCCUUGGGCUCUGCUGCUAUUCAGAGGAGCUCUAAGUAAUUUGAUUCUUUUAAUGUAAAGUAACUUUGGAGGGGAAAAAGGAAAAGAAAAUCCGUAAAGGAACUUCUGUAGUCUUUUGAACAUUUAGUCUAAUCUGUUAGCAUCAACUCCUCCCUAAAAUGGUGUAUUUGCAGCAGUAAGGAUUGCAGGUAACUUGUGCGUAAGGAGUAUGAGGUAACUUAAAUUUAGGUUCAGUAAGCAGGGAAUGCAUGUUAACUUUAGAGCUUCUCUGCC